AAAAUGACCCGACAUGGAAAAAACUCAACGGCUGCUUCUGUAUACACUUACCAUGAACGUAGAAGGGAUGCAAAAGCUAGUGGAUACGGAACACUCCACGCUCGUCUUGGUGCCGAUUCAAUUAAAGAGUUUCACUGUUGCUCUUUGACUCUUCAACCAUGUAGAAAUCCAGUAAUUUCUCCGACCGGAUAUAUUUUCGAUCGUGAAGCGAUUCUUGAGAAUAUUCUAGCCCAGAAGAAGGCGUACGCAAAGAAACUAAAGGAAUAUGAGAAACAAGUGGCAGAAGAAAGUGCAGCGGCAAAAAUAGCGGAAGGCCAAGCGGAAACCUUCACAAAAAGAACACAAUUCUCAGCAAUUGAAAGUACACCAAGUAGGACCGGAGCUGUGGCCACACCAAGGCCUGAGGUUGGAAGUCUGAAAAGACAAGGUGGUGUCAUGUCUACUGAAAUAGCCGCAAAAGUGAAAGCACACGGCGAGGAAGGAGUAAUGUCGAAUAUGAAGGGAGACAAAAGCACUUCACUACCAAGUUUCUGGAUACCCGAACUCAAUCCCACCGCUGUCGCCACGAAAUUGGAAAAACCAAGCUCCAAAGUUCUUUGUCCGGUUUCUGGAAAACCUAUAAAAUUGAAAGAGUUAUUAGAAGUGAAAUUCACUCCAAUGCCAGGAACAGAAACUGCCGCACACCGAAAAUUUCUGUGUCCAGUGACCAGAGAUGAAUUGACAAACACCACAAGAUGCGCAUAUCUCAAGAAAUCAAAGUCGGUGGUUAAGUAUGACGUAGUUGAGAAAUUAAUCAAAGGUGAUGGUAUUGACCCAAUAAAUGGAGAACCGAUGAGCGAGGACGACAUCAUUGAACUUCAGAGAGGAGGAACCGGAUAUUCCGCAACAAACGAAACAAAAGCAAAACUGAUUAGACCACAGCUCGAGUUGCAAUGAUUGGUUUUUUCUCUUUGUUUUAUUUAUUUGAUUGUACAUGUGUUCUCAAUCAUUCUUUUUUUUUAUUUGAAAAAAUCUAUAAAUAUUAUU